AUGGCGGUGCUCCCUACGAGCGCCAGGGACGACGAGCCCGAACAUAUCGGGCCCGUGAAGACCAUCGAGGACGAGAACCAAUUGUUCCACGAGCCGCAGGACGACAGUGACGACGAUGUCGACGUCAAGACCAAGCGCCUAUCGAAUGCGACGGCCGCCAGCAGCGACGGCGAGGCGCUGACAGGAGAGGACCGCGACCGUAUCCGCGAGGUGCGCGAGCGAAUACUGCAGGACGCCGCGAACCGCCCGGUAUCACCGGCCAAGAACCACUUCCGACGAGCCUCGACCGUGGCUGUACCGACGCAAGGCCUCGUACCCAGGAAAGACGCGCCCGCGCAGGACAACGACAGCAGCAGCGAGGCCGGUGAGACGCCCACGAGUCUGAGACUCACGCGGUCUAAGAGCUGGGCCGGCUGUCCACAACGCGACGCCGCGAUCGAGGCGAUUGAGAAUCGUCAAGUGCGCUUCCGCUUCUCCACGGCCGCAUCAGCCCGCGAGAUCGUGCGUGAAAUGCACUCGCACCGUCUUCGCGAGUUCCCCGAGCAGUGCGUCAUGACGGCGCAAAUGGAGAUGCAGAUCGGCUCGGUCUGGCGCAAGAUGACCGUCCAGGUGGACCGCGACGGCAUCAAUUGCCAGCGCGUGUCGCUGUUCCGCAAGAAAACCAAGGAGUUCCAGAUCUUCAAGGACGAUCUACUCGCUGCGUCGCUCACGCCCGGUAGCAAGACCAGCGUGGACGUGCACUUCAUGCUGCCAGGCCGAGGCAAGGAACACCGUCGACUCAUGCGUCGAUACCGUACCAUUACUCUGCGUUUCAGUGACGAAGCCACAGCCAAUAAGCUGGUGGCUUCCCUGCAAGCGCUUGUGAAAUGGCUGGCCCGUGUGCCGGAGAACGUGACGCGUCGUAUCAAGGUAGUGGUCAACCCACACUCGGGUCGACGUCGCGGACGUAAAGUUUGGGAGCACUGGAGACCGCUACUGGAGCUCGCCAACAUCCAGUGCGACGUGGAGGAGACGCAAUACAGCGGACAUGCGCGCGAUAUCGGCGCGGCGUUCGACCUGGACAUGAAAUACGAAGCCAUCGUGUUCGUCGGCGGCGACGGCACGGUCAACGAGUUCAUGAACGGUGUGUUCUCGCGCGAGGAGAGUGUGUGGCGCACACUGGUCGCUACGACCCCCGUUUCGCUCAUUUGUGCUGGCACAGACAACGCCUUUGGCAAAGGCGUGGGUACCCCCACGCACGCGUCGUCGGUGUACUGCAUCAUCAAACGCAAGAUCCGUCCGCUCGAUGUGAUGACGUGCCAAGCCAGUAACGAGGACGGCUCCACUCGUCUCGAGUUUGCCUGUACCGGU